AUGGCUUCCCAGAUCGUUUCCGUUGAACAAGUCCCCCCGGAGUUUCUUGAAGAGCUUGGUCUCGUAGGACGCAUUCCCUCGAGCCACUGUCUCGCAGCUCCCCAGUUCUCCUAUUACCUUUACAUCCCUCGAGGAUACCGCCAGCUAGACACGCUGUCUCUGAUUGUGCUCGUCCAUGGCAGCGGCCGGAAUGCUUAUCAGCUGCGAGAAGAGUUCGUCUCGUUAGCCGAACGCCGGGGCUGUGCUGUCCUAUGCCCUCUAUUUCCGACGGGCCUCCUCGACCCAAACGAUACCAACAACUACAAGAUGGUGAAAUACGGAGACGUUCGUUACGACAACGUCGUGCUCCGGAUGGCGGACGAAACACAUAUGAGAUAUCCGCGCAUCGACACAAGCCGCUUCCUGCUCUGGGGAUUCAGUGGCGGAGGCCAAUUCGUCCAUCGCUUUGCUUAUCUGCACCCGGAGAAGCUGAUGGCUUUGGCGGUUGGCGCCCCCGGAACCGUGACGCUGCUCGACCCCGAGUCGGAGUUCCCCGGCGGUAUCAGCAACUUCGCCGCGGUUUUCGGGACGGAAGUGAACCUGGAGGCCUUGAAGGCGGUGCCGACAUUGUUUGUGGCAGGAGAUGCUGAUACAGGCAGUUUUCAUGCUGUCGCCCGCGGGCGGACUAUACCGGCCGGAUAUCGAGGACGAUAUGGAGAGACGCAACGUUUGGAGAAAUCUUGGGCUGACGCUGGCAUGCAGUGUGGUUUUGUGACUGUGUCAAGAGCAGGUCAUGAGGAGUCGAAGAUGCUGCCUUCUGUGAAAGAUUUCUUUGAGAAGAGACUGGCAGAGGUUUCCGAUGCCACAGACCAUGCUAUGCUCUAA